UCUUUCUUUCUCUCUCUCUCUCUCUCACAAUGCGCUUCAUUCUCCUUCUCCUCCUUCUCCUCCUCCCUCUUCUCAUCUCCUCCGCCACUCCACCUCGCCCUCCUGACCUCCAGGCCGAGAUCGAUGCCCUCCUCGCCUUCCGCCAAGCUCUCCGGGACCCUCUCAACGCCCUCUCCGGCUGGGACCCUUCCAUCUCCUCCGCCCCUUGCUCCUGGCGUGGUGUCUCCUGCUCUCCCAUCUCCUACCGCGUCGUUGAGCUCCGCCUCCCUCGUCUCCGCCUCUCCGGCCCUCUCCCUGCCUCCUCUCUCAUACCUCUCCCUUUUCUAACCAAGCUCAGCCUCCGCUCUAACUCCCUCUCCGGCCCUCUCCCCGUCUCCGCCCUCUCCUCCCUUCCCCACCUUCGCUCCCUUUUCCUCCAAUCCAACUCCAUUUCCGGCCCUCUCCCUUCCUCUCUUCUCACCAACCUCUCCGACCUCCAAGUCGUCAAUCUCGCCUCUAACCUCCUCUCUGGCCCUCUCCCGUCCUCAUUCUCUCCUAAUCUUCGUCUCCUCGACCUCUCCUCCAACUCCCUCUCCGGCCCUAUCCCUCUAUCUCUCCCUCUCCGCCUCAGCCUCCUUAAUCUUUCCUUCAACCGCCUCUCCGGCGCUCUACCUGCUUCUCUCGGCCAUCUCCAGUCUCUUGUCUAUCUUUGGCUCGACUGGAACCAGCUCCGUGGUCCAAUCCCUGCUGCCUUAUCCAACUGCUCCUCUCUUCUUCAUCUCAGUCUCCAGGGCAACUCACUCCAGGGCGUCCUCCCCUCCGCCAUCCCUUCCCUCCAGGUCCUUUCUCUCUCUCAUAAUCUCCUCUCCGGCGUCCUCCCUUCCUCCCUCCUCUCCCAUUCUCUCCGCAUCGUUCAGCUCAGUUUCAACCGUUUCUCCGGCAUUGAAGCCCCGGUGGCUGCCCUCAACUCCACCGCCCUCCAGGUUCUCGACCUCAAGGAGAAUGAAAUUGCCGGGCGAUUUCCAUCCUGGCUUACUGCUAUGCCGAACCUCACUAUCUUGGAUCUCUCUGGUAACUCGAUUUCCGGCCUUCUUCCGCCGGCUAUCGGAAGGCUCCCGGCGCUGCAAGAUUUCCGGAUCGCGAGGAACUCAAUGAGUGGUCCGGUACCAAUGGAGAUUGGGUCUUGUGGAUCGCUCCAAAUAUUUUAUCUUCAAGAAAAUCGGUUUUCCGGCGAGAUUCCGCCGGUUCUUGGUGGUCUUAGUGCGCUCAGGGAGCUUCGUCUUGGCGGGAAUCAGUUUUCCGGGCAGAUUCCGGCUAGCCUUGGGCGUCUUUCGAAGCUGGAGAUGCUAUCGCUGGGCGAGAACCAGUUGAGUGGGAGGAUUCCGGAGGAGAUCAUGAAGUUGGGGAAUUUGACGUUCUUGGACCUCGCCGUUAACGGAUUCUCCGGCGACAUCCCGUCCGGUAUCCAGAAUCUUGUUAUGCUGCGGGUCUUGAAUCUCAGCGGCAAUGGCUUCUCUGGCGGCAUGCCGGCGGGCAUAGGGAGCCUAACAAGCCUGACGGUACUGGAGCUUGGCGGCUUGAAGAACCUCUCCGGUGAGGUUCCGACCGAGCUUUUUGGGUUGCCAAACCUUCAGGAGGUUUCUCUCGCUGGAAACUCAUUCUCCGGCGAGGUUCCCGAGGGUUUCAGCAGCCUCUUGGGUUUGCAGCGGCUCAAUCUUUCCGGAAACUCCUUCUCCGGCUCCAUUCCGGUGACUUACGGCUACCUUGAAUCCUUGCAAGUCCUUUCCCUCUCCGGCAAUGAAAUAUCAGGCGGUAUACCACCGGAGCUCGGCAAUUGCUCCAAUCUCACAGUGCUUGAUCUGCGGUCCAAUCGGUUGUCCGGCGAGAUCCCCGUCGAUCUCUCUCAUCUCUCCACUCUCGCUGUGCUCGACCUUGGCCGAAACGAUCUCACCGGCGGAAUCCCACCAGAGCUUUCGCAAUGCUCGUCCCUGACCGUGCUCCGCCUGGACGGGAACCACCUCACUGGCACCAUUCCCCGUUCUCUGUCCAACCUCUCCAAGCUACAGACGCUGGACCUCUCCACCAACGAGCUCACCGGCGCUAUCCCAUCCGACCUAGCUCGCAUUCCCGGCCUGAUUCACUUCAACGUCUCCGAAAACAAUCUGCAAGGAGAGAUUCCUGCCAUGCUUGCCUCCCAGUUCAACAACCCCUCAGUGUUCGCCGAAAAUCCCGGCCUUUGUGGACGGCCUCUAUUGACGGAAUGCAGUGAAGCCAGGGCCAGGAAGAGGAAAAGGAGACGAGAGCGUUUGUUCUUUUGGAUUGGGAUCGGGGCGGCGAUCGCGUUUGUUAUUGCAUCACUGUUCUGCUGCUGCGUCAUUGUCCUAUGCCGUCUCCGCCACCGCUACCUCGACAACAGGGCGGGUGUGAAGAAGAGGAGCCCGGCGCGCGGCAGCGGUUCCAGCGGCGGGAACCGGAGCAGCAGUUGCGAGAACGGCGGAACUGCUUUGCCGAAGCUAAUCAUGUUCAGCAAUAAGAUCACGUACGCAGAGACAGUGGAGGCCACCCGCCAGUUCGACGAAGAGAAUGUUCUCAGUCGUGGACGUCACGGCCUCGUAUUCAAGGCCUGUUACAAUGACGGUACAGUGCUAUCGAUACUCCGUCUGCCUUCCACUUCCGCCGACGGCCAAAUCGUGAUCGAAGAGGGGUUUUUCAGGAAGGAGUGUGAGACGCUUGGCAAGGUGAAGCACCGGAACCUCACAGUCCUACGAGGAUACUACGCCGGACCCCCGCCAGAUGUUCGACUGUUGGUCUACGACUACAUGCCCAAUGGCAACCUCGCCACAUUGCUCCAAGAGGCAUCGCACCAGGACGGGCACAUCCUCAAUUGGCCGAUGCGUCAUCUCAUCGCGCUUGGCGUGGCUCGGGGCCUAGGCUUUCUCCAUACGGCCAGUGUCGUGCACGGCGACGUCAAGCCACAGAACAUACUCUUCGACGCCGACUUCGAGCCGCAUUUGUCGGACUUCGGGUUGGAGAGGCUGGCAGUGACUCUGGGGGCGGCGGCAGAGGCGGCGACUACAUCAGCCUCAGCGACACCGGUGGUAGGGUCACUGGGCUACGUGGCGCCGGACGCGGCAGCAGCCGGGCAAGCGACGAGGGAGGGAGAUGUGUACAGCUUCGGGAUCGUGUUGCUGGAGUUGCUGACGGGGAAGCGGCCGGGGAUGUUCAUGGGUGGAGAAGGGGAGGGCGGCGAGGACAUCGUCAAGUGGGUCAAACGGCAGCUUCAAAGAGGCCAAGUGUCGGAGCUCAUGGAGCCGGGGUUGCUGGAGCUUGACCCGGAGUCAUCGGAGUGGGAGGAGUUCCUCCUCGGAGUCAAGGUCGGGCUACUAUGCACGGCGCCGGACCCGCUCGACCGGCCAUCCAUGGCCGACGUCGUGUUCAUGCUUGAGGGUUGCCGGGUGGGUCCCGAUAUGCCAUCUUCGGCUGACCCCACCUCUCCGGCCAUCGUCUGACUCUUCUUUCCCGCUCCCGCUCUUGCUUUAAUUCCACGUCAGCUUUGACUGGUCAAACUGUUCCCGCCUUUGCUCCCCAAAGUAGCCGUUGCAUUGGCAUUGGGUUGUGUCUUUUUUUUUUAAUUUUUUUGGUUGUCUAAUUCUUUUCUUUAAAAAGGAAUUAGUGGUGGCAGUGGCCAGUGGGUGUGUCCGACAACUCGGAAAGCGGUUUCCUGUGCGCCGCGGUUCGCGUUUGAUCGUUGGAUCUCAUAUCGACGGUGCUCUAUGGAUUGUGGACCCCAUCUGAAAUUUUUUUAAACAGCCUCGAAACCAUCAAACUAUA